UACACCAAUGGUUCGUAUGGUUCUCCAAUACAUCGAAGGUGUUGUCAUGGAUCCACCUUGAACAGAGGUGACUAACUCCACCCUUGAUUAUUGCAAGAUCUUAUAGCAAGUCUAUAACAUCACCCGACAAUUAUCGAGACAAUCUAUGAAAUCAUAGGACUAAUAUUGUUUCUGAACCGAUAAUAAAUCAUUAAUUUCUUCUCAUUUCUCUUGAUUAUAUCGAGGCAAUCUAGAAAUCAAUGUAGUGCAACGCAAGAUCAAUUAUCCAUGGUGAUUAUGUUCAAUAUGCUAAUGAAUGACCUUUUUGAGCGAAUGAAUAAUGAAAUUGGUCACACAUGAACAUGGCCGAGUCGGGUCGGGUCAGAAAAGGGCCCAACAUUCCAAUCAUGGGUGACAGACAGAUAGACAGACAAGGCAAAAAGAGCCAUCUAAAAGAGCAAAACAAAGCCAGCCAGCUGCUUUGAUUAAUAGAGGAUUUGUUUGGUUUCAUGUUGUUAGCCAUGUAGUGCAACCGACACCAAUAUUAUGCGGGCGGACGAGCUAUGAACAUUGAUUAAUUACUGUAAUUAACAAAAAUAUAUACUGUGGAUUAGAAUUAAUUGUUGUCAUUAAGCAAACUCCUUUGUUGAAGCAUCCGUCGUUUCCUCUAACUUCGUUGAACUGUUCUCAAGAUGAUCAUCCCCCGUGAUUACAGGAAACAAUUAAUAGAACUUUCCAUUAAGCAGGCCAUUAAUAAUGGGAAAUUCCCCCCCUCUCAAAAUUCUCUCCUAUAGAUCUUAUUCUAUUCCCUCCCAUCAUUGCAACGUCUAAUAAAAGAUAGAUUGUUUAAAGAGUUCAACUAUAAUUAUAUAGCUUCAUUAAAUAGUUACCUUGGUUCGAAAAUUUAACCGUUAGUUACCUUAACAUUGUAACUGUCUUUCUCACAUGCAUACCUGGACCACAACCAUACAUAGUCAUUCGACAAAUUACUUUUCUUUUUUUACCGCGUUUAAGAUCUAGAAAUUUCAGGUCCUCUCAUAUUGGAAAGACCGUUAACGCACUUUUAAAUAUACCAACUUAACAAUACGCAAAAAAAGGACCAAUUGUUAUGAUUUAAACUCAACCGAAACGAUUCCUAAUUUUCAGAAACUAACAGACAUGCUAAAACGAGAAUAAAUCGUUGUUCAAUUUUUUUAUCUAAUUUCUGCAUCAAACCAUCGAUCCUCACUCGAUUCAGGACCGAACCGGGCGAGACCCGGUCCUCGCCUCCAUCAUGACGAGGGAGUGGGAUUGUUUUAAAGAAUAGAUAUUUUGGGGGAACCAAUCGGCGGAAGAGCUGUUGGUUUGGAGAUGGAGACGGCGGACGAGGUGGGGAAUACUACAUUAUUAUUUAUUAUUAUUAUUAUUAUUAUGGUUUAUAUUCCAAAACAGAUAGAAUUUUUGCAAUAAUGCUCUACCAGCUGUGACGUUUGUUCUUUUAUUUUUUAGUUUUGUGGUAACAAAAAAAAAAAAAAAAAAAAAAACAAAGCAAGAUAUCGGUGGCAGGCAGCUAAGUGGUUCUUUCUGUCCAUUACCGAAUUUAUGCCUUUCUUUAUAUAUACCUUAUAAUACAUACUCAAUACUGAAAUAUUCUUUUGAUUUUUCAGAUUUCGAUCUUGAGUUCGAUACAAAUCUUUGGCUGAACCCUAGUGGAAUAGCCCAACUAUUUCUAUAGUGAAUUUUACCGUGUGACGAAAAAAUUAACUCGAUUUUUGUAUUUACUUAAUUUCGUAUUGUUGCUAUGCAACGGCGGGGAAAACUAGACGGUACGAAUGAGAGAGAGAAAAAAAACAGCUAGGAGGAAGGAGGAACUAUGAAGCAACUCCAGAUUGGAAUUGUGCCCUACAAAUAUAGAAAGGAAGCUACCACCACCCUUAUGUUUUAAGCCAAGAACUGAAAAUGGAAUGAGAAUGAGCUAAAUAGGGGACAAGAGGUACAACUAAUUAACAACUAUAGUUAAAUACAUAUACACACACGUCAAACUAUGCACCAAUUUUGAGAAAACAUAACAAUUGGUAAGGCUUUUAAUUUGUCGUCGGUCCGUCAUCGGUUUUUCGACCACCAACGUUUGGAUUCCUUUGAGUUUUAUUAUAUCCGACCUAUCUUGUUUAAAUUUCUGACUCCGUCAUUAUUUCAUAAGCAACUAGCUACUACGACCGAACCAAACGACCACGAAACCCUUUUCAAAUAGAGAAAGUAAGGCCUCCUUAUCUGAUGGUUGAUUCUGAAAUUUUAUAUCGGAGGUGUUCUCCCUCCAAAUUUAAAUUAAAAAGAAAAUGUCCAACUAGUAUUCAACAAAAAAAAAAUCAAUUAGUACAAGUUACAAAACAUGUCCGUUAGAAUAUACUCGACUGUAAGGAGAGGGGGCACAAUCGGGUUGUUACCUAGUUGUCGCAUAAUCUGUUUUGUCGCUCGCAAGAUCCAAUGUAUUCCUCUCUGUUAGGGAGCGAUGCUGAUGACAUAUUUUCAUAUUCUCAAAAAAUUGGAACAUUUUUAGGCAGAGAUGGGACCCCUUGAAUGUAGGAGAUAAGUCGUGGGGGAUGAGGAUAUAUAUCAGUGGUUUAGUUUUCGGGUUUUGCUAAAAUUGAGGAUACGCAGUUGGACAUUUAUUUUCAAAUUACAACAUGAAUUGAACCGUAGUAAAAUGAAAAAAAAAAAACAUGUUUACUAAUAACUGCCGUGUCGCAAAUUUAAAUCUUCAAAACUUUUCAGAUUUGUCCCCCAGAAAUCCCCGAAUCCGCCCCUAUCCUUACUCUACCAUAUGCCAAAACACACGCUCAUGAGUCAUGAGUAGUCUGCCACCACAAAAACACACCUCACCGGCCAUGGAUAAUAUCAAAACAUUUCAUAGAUCAAUGCCAACUUCUUUCUCUUUCAGAUUUACGUAGAUACAUACAUGCAUACUCGUACAUGCGUAUUCUUUUAGCGAUAAGAACAAGAGACGUUAUCAGAAUAUGAGAUAUGAACAACCGAAGCAGAAGAAAAAAAAAACCAAAAUAUGAGGCGUUAUCAUGGGAUGGGAGUUUCUAGGGGAACUAAAAAAACACUACAAUACAAUAUUAUCGCAUUAAUUAUUAUUUCCUUUUUUUUUCACAACAGAAAAUGAACUUAAUUAUUUGGUCGAGAACCUCGUGCUUUUCACCCAGUCCUAGGGUUCAGAGCAGAGCAGAGCAGAGCAGAAACGCCUCAAUGAGUCAGCCAUGCAAUGCAAAGCACAGGUAUCGUUUUUGCCGUUAUAUUUAGACAGAUCCUUUUAUGUUUCUCUUUUUUACUGCUUCAACAUCAACUACUUUGACCUCGCCGUAAAACUCAGCCAGAAAAUAACUCCUUCAUUCCCUCAUCCUUAUCCUAAUUCAUAACGGAAAAUGUGCAAAAUCACCGCGAACUAGUAUAGAACCCUCAUUAUCUUGAAACUAAUGCAUAAUACAUUUUGCUCUAGUGAGAGCAAGACAGUGAUUGAAUUUGAAGUACAAAACUCGAAUCAAAUUCUCGUCGGUCCAGUUAGACGUACAACGGAACGAUGAGCAUGUCCUGGUUUGGAUUCAGGUUGAGUUGGUAUAGGACAUGAGCGAGAAUGAACCGUACGUGUUGAAUAUCAACGCAAAAAAAUAUGGAUUGUGUAUACUCCAUACUGUAGUGUGCCGUUCAUCAACCUGGGCAACAAUCCAAUUCACACCAAAAGCUGGAUGGACCAUGUUCUAAAUAUUGAAUCGGGUCAUACUCAUGUUAACGAUUAUCACUUAGAUUCACUUUCAUAGUAUUCUCUACAAAAUCACCGAGAAAAAUCUGACUGAAUUGAAGCAUAACCAAACAUCUGAAUCAAAACAAGCUUAUAAGUUCUCAUAUGUUUUAGUUCAGUCAGUUCGAUAUCAAUUCGAUCCGAUUCUAAUCAAACUAUAUGUUAGACCAUCUGAUCUCUUAAUAUGAACCGGUGUGAACCGAAUCGUUACCCACGACACAACCCUACCAACGUGACCAAAACGGUAAAUUUCCAGCCCUCUCUGUCCCCUACAACCCGUUGUUUCCCACAAACUUUCUCCUUCCAAUCCAUCCAACGAAAGAUCCAAUUCCAAGCAGCUGCUCUCUCUCUCUCUAUCUCUAUCUCUAUCUGCCUGUAAGCUGUAAGCAAUAAAACAUUUUCCUUUCUUCCUCCCAAAAAAAAAAAACUCCCAAAUCAUCCCUCUCUCUCUCUUUUCCUCUGCUCUCCCCCUUUUCCGUUUCCCUUUUCUCCCCACAAAAAUGUCGACUCUCACACCAUCCACAAUGGCUUCCAUAAUCAUCUUCUCCGUCUCCCUCCUCCUCAUCCUCCACUCACCCGCCGCCGCCGCCGGCGGCAUGUCGUCGUCGCUCCAGAAGCUCCUCCACAGCCAGGGACUCCCCGGGGGACUUUUCCCCGACAAUGUCAAAUCGUUCGAUCUCGAUUCCACCGGCCGGCUCGAGGUCGAGCUCGACGGCCCCUGUUUGGCCAAGUUCGAAAACAGAGUGUUCUUCGAGAGCGUGCUCCGAGCUAAUCUCAGCUUUGGCGGGCUCAUCGGAAUGGAAGGGCUAACUCAGGAGGAGCUCUUCCUUUGGUUCCCUGUCAAAGGGAUCUUCGUCACGGAUCCGGCCUCGGGGGUUAUCUUGCUUGAUAUUGGUCUCGCUCGCAAGCAGCUCUCUGUUUCUCUGUUCGAAGAACCGCCUUCUUGCAAGGCUCAGCAAGGUGAAUUGUUGAAGGAAUCCACAGAAAUGGUGGGAUUUGGAGCUGAGAGAUGAGGAAAAAAGGUGUCAGCUUUCAUAUAGAGGGUAACAGAGAUGGAGAAUUUUCAAGUUUCCUUACCUCCACCGGUUUUGAUUCUUCUUUUUCUUCCCCAGUUUUCUGGGUUUUUUCUUCUUUAUGUUCUUCUUCUUUUACCUUUUUUUACAAUUUCUUUUUGUUUCUCUUGCUUUUGUUUGAAUCAAAGUUUUGAGUGGGGGAAAAGGAGUAGUAGAGGGUAGUGAUAGAAAUUGUACAAAUGUUGGUAGUGAACUUUUGGUGGGGGGGAAAUGGAGGGAGGGAUUAAGGAUUCUUGAAUUCUCUUGUUGAUAGACAUUUUGAUUUUUAGUUUAUAGAGUUCCAAAAGAUCUUUGUUUUUUGUGUUUGGAUGAUUUUCUUCCUUGAUUACAUCUAUAUACUUGCAAUUAGGGCAGCAAUUAGUGGGGGGAAGAUGGAGUGAUUAGAAGCUCAAAGGAGUAGAUUAUGGUAUUAAUUAAAUGUCCACUGAAGACUGAAGUGACCAUUUCUGGCAAGUGGUAAGGUUGUUAGCUACUACAAUUGUUUAGGUAAUUGCCAAGUGGAGAAUCACUCUUUUUAUAGAAAAUCCAGAUAUUGCUGCCACAGUGCCGCAAAUUCUACUCCAUUUUGUGUUCACAAGGUUGAGACAGGAUUGGAAGAUAAAAGCCGGAUUCCAUGGUUGUUUUCCAGCAAGUUGUUGAUUGUCUGAGUGAAUCUCUUCCCUUUUUGGCUCUCUACUCUUGCUCCAGAACAAACUUUUUAGCAAGUUACUAGAUUCGUGAAGGAUUCCAUGGUUGAUUUCCAGCAAGUUACUGGAUUCGUGCAGGGGAUUCGAUUUUAUAGUUUUUUUAGGAUGUAAUGCUAUUGCGAUCGAUCGUAUCUUACCCUUCUUUUGAAAUCGAUGUAAGUUUAAGAGAUUUCAAGAGAAUCCCUACAUAGUACGAUGGAUGACAGUGGAAUUGUUAUUAAAAAUUUGUAGUUGACGGAUUACAUACCUUCUUUAUGAGUAAGGAAUGUAGCACUUCAAACAAAUCAUAUAUACUAUGAUAACGAGAGUGGAAUCACGGUCAGAAAUAGGGUAAAACUUGUAGAAAUGAGAUGAACUUUCUAGCUUAUCAAUAAUUUAUAACGUUCUCUACAAGUAAGGCGCCUAUAUUGGAAUUCUUUCUUCUUGUAUGCUUGAAGAUGUUUUAUCUUUCAUUCACAAUCGAUCAAUCUUAGAAGAACUUUAGGCAAAUCAUUCAUAGUCCAGUAGCCCGCUACACUGUGAGUGGAAGCUUUGAUAGGAAAACUUGGCGAAAAACCUAUAUCUAUUCAUGAGUCAUCAAGUAUACGAGGCUUCAAGAGCAAUAAUCCGGUGAAUGAGAAUGAAAUCAUUACUAAGCA